AUGGCCGGCGAGAAGAGUGUUGAUGUCUCCAACCCGGCCCGGGUGUCUUCCAACGUCAAGUAUGAGUCCGGUUCGCAGCCUCAAGUGGCCAACCAAUCUUCGCAAGAUCCGUUGGUCGUCGACGAGAAGGACACCGAUGACACGACGUAUUUCUACAAUACCAACAAGGACAAAGUCCGGCCACUAACUCCGGAGGCAGAGGGCAAGCUGGUCCGCAAGAAUUUCUGGUGUCUCCUGAGCCAGACAUGGUGGAUCUCGUUUCUCAUUCAUCUCGAUAAAUCAACGCUUUCCUCUGCCAGUACCAUGGGAAUUUUCAAAGAUGUGCAAAUGUCUAAAAAUGAGUACAACGACCUGUUUAUCCUCUUCUACGCCGGCUAUCUCAUUGCCCUCUGGCCCGGGGCUUGGAUAUCACAAAGAGUUGGCCACAAGUACUUCAUCACAGGCUCACUGUUUCUAUGGGCAUUGUUGCUGGGGUGUCAUUGCGCAAUCAAGACGGGAAAACAAAUGAUGGCCGUGCGGUUUCUUUUGGGAAUGACGGAGAGCCAGAUUAUUCCUUCGACGGUCGUUGUUCAUCAAGCCUUCUUCCCGCCCAAGAAAAGCCCCUGGGUGCAGCUCCUAUGGUGGGCAUUCGGAAGCUUUGCCAACGUUCUUCUUACGAUGAUCUCUUACAAACUCAUCUUGGACGACGAAACGGGUAUACUGGCCGGGAGCAUCAACUCAUGGAAAUGGCUCCACAUCAUCUGUGCCGCGCUGACCUUCGCCGUCUUUGUACCUCUGCUCAUAUUCCUGCCAAACUCUCCUCUUGACGCCAGGUGGCUGUCAACCGAAGAGAAAGUCCACACGAUUGAGAUCAUUCGCAAAACGCAUGCCGGAGUGUCGAACUCGAAUUUCAAAUGGUCCCAAGUGCGCGAGUCUUUCACGGACUUGAAGAGUUGGCUAUUUAUCAUUCACCUGUUCUUCAACGAGCUUCCCAACAACACUUCGCAACAGCUUCCCCUAAUUGUCGUCGGUUUUGGCUUCACUCCCGCCGAGAGUGCUCUAUUCAACAUCGUUAAACCGCUGUGGGGUUUCAUCUUGAUCCUUGCCUCGGCCGCCAUGUUGUAUGGCACUAGACUUGGGACAGGAUACACGUGCGCAAUCUCGUAUAUUCCAUGUGUUAUAGGAGGGAUCAUUGAACUUGCCGCUCCCUGGUCCGACAAGGUCGCCCUGGUAGUGGGUACUCAAAUCUCAACCUUCAAGCCCUCAUACCUGCUCGGUCUCAACUGGGCUGGUACAACAACCACUGGUCAUACAAAGAAACUGUGUCUGAUGGCUUCAUGCGUUGUGGCUGCGUCAGCUGCCAAUAUGAUUUCACCGGAAUUUUGGGAACCCAAAUAUAAGCCACGUUACGUGCUCCCAUGGGCAUUUAUGACAGCAUUUUGGAUUAUCUCGCCGUUGAUGUGCAUUAUCAUCCGUUUCUACCUCCAGCACGAGAACCGUCGUCGGGAGCGGCUGCUUGCCGAAGAAGGCUCGCAAUCCGAUGACAAUGAGGUAAUAGACACGGGCAGCGAGCUUGUCAAAAUUGGGGACCGUGAUAUAGACAAGACGGACCGUGAAAACCUCAAGUUCAUAUACCCGCUUUAG